AUGGGAGGAGUCCGUGAAAAGAAAGCUGAAUACUUCGCUAAGCUAAGAGAGUACUUGGAAGAGUACAAAUCCAUCUUCAUCGUUGGUGUUGACAAUGUUGCUUCUCAACAGAUGCACCAAGUCAGAAAGGCCUUGAGAGGUAGAGGUGUUGUCUUGAUGGGUAAGAACACCAUGGUUAGAAGAGCCAUCAGAGGUUUCGUUUCUGAAUUGCCAGACUACGAAAAAUUGUUGCCAUUCGUCAAGGGUAACGUUGGUUUCGUUUUCACUAACGAAUCUUUGAAAGACAUCAAGGAAGUUAUCAUUGAGAACAAGGUUGCUGCUCCAGCCAGAGCUGGUGCUGUUGCCCCAGAAGAUAUCUGGGUUACCGCUAUGAACACCGGUAUGGAACCAGGUAAGACUUCUUUCUUCCAAGCUUUGGGUGUCCCAACCAAGAUCGCCAGAGGUACCAUUGAAAUUGUCUCCGAUGUCAAGGUCGUUGAAGCUGGUAACAGAGUCGGUCAAUCCGAAGCUUCUUUGUUGAACUUGUUGAACAUCUCUCCAUUCACUUACGGUUUGAAGAUUGUUCAAGUUUACGAUGCUGGUCAAAUCUUCCCAUCCUCUAUCUUGGAUAUCACUGAUGAAGAAUUGGUCUCUCACUUCGUCUCUGCUGUGAGCACCAUUGCUUCUAUCUCUUUGGCUAUUGGUUACCCAACCUUGCCAUCUGUCGGUCACACUUUGAUCAACAACUACAAGAACUUGUUGGCUGUCGCUAUUGCUUCUAACUACGUCUACCCAGAGAUCGAAGAAUUGGUUGACAGAAUUGAGAACCCAGACAAGUACGCUUCUGCUGCUCCAGCUGCUGCUGCUGCCUCUGCUGGUGAAGAAACCAAGGAAGAAGCUGCUGCUGAAGAAGACGAAGAAAGUGAAGAUGACGACAUGGGAUUCGGUCUAUUCGAUUAA